AUGAGGGUUAUAAAUUGUGACAAAGAGUUUAAACAAUGGCUAUUAAAAAUUGGAGAUGGAAAAUAUUCCAUCAAAUUUAAAAUGGACAAUGAUAUAGCUUUACUUCCAACUGAAUUUUUAUCAACCGUUGAUAGAAUUAUGGAAAUUUAUGGAGAUUGCUUUGAUAAUAAUAAUGUUAAUAAACUUUGCGAAAGAUUUAUUCCAGCGCGAAAAAAGAAUGAUGUACUGAACAUUAAUAAUGACAUUUUAAAUAGGAUGCAAGGUGAUGUAAGAGAGUAUCUAAGUGUAGAUUCAUGCCAAGAUGAUAUUAAACAGAUGUUACCAAUAGAAUUUUUAAAUUCACUUACGCCAAAUGGCCUACCGCCUCAUAAGUUACGCUUAAAAGUAGGUGCAGCAGAAAUAAUUAGCGGUAAACAAUUUGGUAAAGUUAUUUUAAUACCAUAG